AUGGUCUUCUGGGUUCUCGCAGCUUUCACGUUCGCGACGCCCAUCGCGCAGGCGAAGUUCAAUCCGCUACACCACUCGGGUCCUGCGUCCCCGUACUUUGACGCGCCUGUUCGGGAUGAUCUAGGCUACGAGACGCCGGACGGAUGCGUCGUUGACCAAGCGGCGUAUCUGGUGCGUCAUGGCAGCCGCUUCCCCGAGCCCGGAUCCUUUGGAGGAUGGCAAAGCCUGUACUGGAAAAUCCAGAACGCUACGUUCACUGCGUCUGGCCCUUUGACUUUUUUGCCCUCUUGGGUUCCCCCUGUUGAUGACGUCCCGCACGAGCCGCUCUUUCUUACUGCCAACGGCGCGCGCGAGGCAUUCAAUCUUGGUGCACAACUUCGCGAAGAGUAUGGGUUCACUCCCGGAGGGAGCAAUGUGACGGUCUGGAGCGCUGGGCAACAGCGGGUCGUGGAUACAGCCACCUACUUCGUGCGGGGGUAUCUGUCACAGGGCAACUACAUCGGGCUUACGGAUGAGAAUCAGGGAACUAUCAUCACUUUGCCCGACUCGGUCAACUACACCUUCGCCAACUCGCUUACGCCGAGCGCUGCCUGCCCCAACUACGCCGGCGGCGCGAACAGCACCAUCGUCAACGACUUCCGCGCAUCAUACAGAACUGGCCAGGCUGAACGCUUGAACAAGUUCCUGGAUGGACUUGUUCUCAAUGAGGACGACGUCGGUGUCAUGGGCGAUCUGUGCGGCUUCCAAGCUGCGCUCAACGGAGACACUCGCUUCUGUAAAAUCUUCACCGAGAAUGACUGGUUGAACUACGAGUAUGCUCACGACCUGAACUACUACUACGCGCCCGGCGCGGGUAACCCGAUCGCGGCAGCUACUGGCUUUCCAUGGGUGAAGGCUGUUGCAGACCUCUUCGAGGUAGGGCCUAACUCGACGACUACUAAUGGAACUUUCUCACCUGGGCCUCUUCUUAUGGGCUUCACCCAUGAUAAUAACCUUCCGCCUGUUCUUGCUGCACUCGGUAUCUGGAAUGAUUCUACGACUUCGCCGCUGUCCCCCAUUGCACCGGACUCGCGUCGCCUCUUCCGUGCUUCACAUGUCGUCUCGUUUCGCGGGCACAUCGCUCUCGAGCGUCUUGCUUGCGAAGCGCCACUCAAUGAAACUGUGUUCCAUGAGGCGGGUGUAGUGAACGCCAUUCCUGGUACUGGGAGCGGCGCAGAACACUACGUUCGCAUUCGUGUGAACAGGGCGCCUCAGCCUAUUCCUGGUUGUGACGAUGGGCCAGGGGCAACCUGCUCGUUGACCCAGUUCCUGCAGUAUGUUGAGGAACGCGGAGGUAUCUCGGGCGACUUCAUCGAGACGUGUGGGCUGCAAGACGUCGGAAACGCCACCAGCGUGGCCAGCUUCUUCACGAACAUACCCGAUGAUACGAUCAUUAGCACCGUUGACGCGGGCAAUGUCCUACCGCUUGCCUCAUGA